AUGCAUGACAAAUUUGAAGAAAUUGAAAAGCGCAUCAAUAACUGGUUGUAUACAGAUGAGUCAAUAAACGACAUAAACGUAACACAAAACAUGCUUAUGUUGUCAAUGCAAAUGCUCAUGAUGGUAUCCAACCUGCAAAGAGUUCACUCAUCAAUUAUGGACGUACUAAUCGACAGUCAUCACGAUAAAAUAAAUCCUCUUCUGCUGACUCCACAACAGCUUAGUGAGCAAAUAAUGAUGAUUAGGGCACAUCUUCCAUCACACCUACAGUUACCUAUCCACCACAAUAACUUAUUCGGAGUAUAUAGGCUCAUGAAAAUCAACGGAAUCCUGGUAAAGGGCCAUGUCAUUUUUUGCAUCGACUUACCUCUCACGGAUCCAAGAGAAUUUCAACUAUUAUAUCUUGUUCCAAUUGUGGCAGCUCUAAAUAACAUACUUUUAACAGUAAAACUUUCAACAGAAUUUCUAGCCAUCAGUCCGCAUCAUGAUGAAUUUCGACCAAUGACACAGCAUCAAGUGGACGCAUGCAUAUCGAUAAGUGACGAAGAGUUAUUAUGUCCAAACAUACAAGCAACAUUUCAUGAAUCGUCAAACGUCAAUAAUUGUGAAAUUGACUUAUUUAACAAUCAAGCUGAACCAAGAUGCGAUAUGUAUCAGCUCAAGGACACAACUGUAUGGUAUCAACUAAAUCAUCCGAAUCAAUGA